GGCGCCCAUUCUCACUCCCCUCCAUCUUCACAUUCUCUCUCGUUCUGUGUUCUUGCUACCAGGUUCCAGCUUCCUUUUGUCUUUUCGUUUUUCUCAUUGGAAUCCUCUCAUCAUGUUCUGUUCUGCUAAUUAACAGUUUGGAACCCUUUCAAUAACUUCACACCCCGUUCUUACGAAGCUGACAUCAAUUCUGGAGUCUAUUUAGUUUGCGAUACCCAAAAUAGUUCGAUGGAUAGGUUAGGGUCUAUCGUGGAAAUUCCAGAUACAAGACACCGAUGCGAUGGAGAAAACGGCGGUCACCGCUGCUCUCCGGACUCCGAUGCUUCCGGUGGCGAUUACCGUCGGCGUCGUAGCCCUAGCUAUGAAAGUUACGAUCGCUACAAUCAUCGUCGUCGAUCUUCCUCGCCUGGCUACGCGGACGUUGGACGGAGCCCUAGGGCUGAUGGAGACCAGAACGGUGUACCCAAGAGGUUUGGGCGUGCCGGAGGGCGGGCGUAUGUGGACAGGAAUGGAAGAGCAUCUGAAGAGUCGGAUUCGGAUGAAGAGCUGAAGGGGUUGAAGUAUGAGGAAUAUCGGAGGUUGAAGAGGCAGAAGCUCCGGAAGGCAUUGAAGCAUUGUAUUUGGAGAGUGACCCCUAGUCCACCUAGGAAUGAGAAGGACGAGUAUGAGGACAGGGCUGAUGAGAUUUGGGAGAAAUAUGGCGACGAUGGAGAUAAAAGUGACUCUAGCGGAAGGAAGAAACAUGAAGAGAAAUAUGUAUGCGAUAAAACAAAGAAUUCUGACUCUGGCUCUGGCUCUGAUUCCGAAUUACCUGAUACAAAAUCAAGGAGGAGGAGGAGGAGGUUGAAGAUUUCGGGUUCCAGGCAUAGAAGUAGAAAAUGGUCACUUAGUGAAACAGAGUCGGACAGCCACACCGAGAGUGAGGAGGAAAGUGAAGAAAUCCGGAGGAGAAGAAAAAAGUGUAAGAGUAUUAGGAGUCAUAAGAAGAAGAAGAGUAGAUACAGCGAUACAGAUGAUUCUGAUGUUAGCGACUGUGUCAGGUCGAAGAAAAGGAGUGGGACUAAGCGGUUCAAGACUAGUAGGAAGAGGAAGUACAGUGGCACAGAUGAGAGUGAGGAAAGUGAAGGUGAAAAAUUGAGGAAGCGGAAGGCCUCCUCAACUUGGUCGAAAUCCAGGAGCAACACACAAAGACCUUCAGAAACGGAGACUAAAAGUUCCUCUUAUGAGCAAAAUGAUGGUAGGAGUAAAUUAAAGGUUGAUGGGGAGAAGAUUGCGGAGAUGGAAGCUUUGAAGAUUAAGGAAAUUUUGGAGGCAGCAUUUGAUAAUGAGAUGCCAGUUGGACCAAUGCCACUGCCAAGAGCUGAGGGCCAUAUUAGCUAUGGUGGUGCGCUUAGGCCUGGGGAAGGUGACGCCAUUGCACAGUAUGUUCAGCAAGGGAAGCGUAUUCCACGGCGCGGUGAAGUGGGUCUUUCAGCUGAGGAAAUUCACAACUUCGAGACACUUGGGUAUGUGAUGAGUGGUAGCAGGCAUCAGAGAAUGAAUGCAAUCCGUAUUAGAAAAGAAAACCAAGUUUACAGUGCUGAAGAUAGAAGAGCUCUGGCAAUGUAUAACUAUGAAGAAAAAGCUAAACGCGAAAGGAAGGUGAUGGAUGAUCUUCACCGGCUUGUUCAGCGCCACAUAGGUCAUGAUGUUGGCCCUUCACAUGAUCCCUUUUCUGCAUAACCUCAUCUUGUGUCAUAUUAAGAUAUGUUAAUAU